UUCAUUUUUUGGUUGGACUAUCCCUUUAAUGCACCAGGUAUCAUGAACAACCACUUUCAUACCUUUUAUUAAUCUUGUUGAAUCGUUCUACUUAUGCCAAUACAUUUUGAACAUUUUAAGUGUAAAUUAACAUUAAUGUAUUAUGGUUAAACAUGAGUCACCAAUAAACCAUUAAUAAUUGCUUUAUAAAUGUUCAUUCUUAGUUCAUGAUACCUACAGUAAUGUAAUGUUUUACUGAUGUUGAACCUUACUGUAACUUUAAGAAAGCAAAAAAACAUUACUGACAGCCAGACCACUAAAAAUACUAAAAUAUCUGUCAGAGGAGUACUUAAGUGCACUUGUAUCCUCAAGUAAACUACUGCUGCUUUACUUCCACCUAGUGGUCCAUUUCUCUUUAUAUUUUGUCAGGGUUUCAUGUUUGAAGCAUCCACACUUGGAAAAAUGCAUGACAUGCAUGAAGUGAAACUUACUGCUUGUCUUAUAACAACUGUCUUGUUUUAUAUGAUUAAUAAAGUUAAUAAAUUACGCUUUGACAUUUUAACUUGCUGCUGUUGUAGUUUUUUGUUAGUAUAUUGACUGUUUUUGGAGCAAUACAACAAGAAUUAGAACUAAAACUGUAAAAACUGUGGUAACACUGUUUCUACAGUAUUGGCAGAGGCUUUAGUUACCAUGGUAAAUGUGUGUAAUGGCUGAUAAAACAAUGGAUUUCUUAGAUAUCUUUCAGAACCAUUAUUCAUUUUUUACACACCAUCUUUAUUUUGUUUCAUUAUUGGUUCAGCAGUUUCCGACAGCUACAGUAAUGUGAGAUUUAGGGUAUUUUCGUCUUUUUUUUCCUCCACCCGAGUAAUGCACCGUUCCCGUCCAUCAGUUAUAAUUGAGCACUUUGUCCUUGGUUGCUUAAGACGUUGUGUCUGCUCAAAAGGUCUUUUAUAACAUCUGCUAAAUAGAGUGUUAUGUAACAAUACUUGGCUUGCAUUAUGUAAGGCGCAAAAUUAAUGCUAAAAUCCACAACGUUCUGCAUAUUCAUUGAUUUCUCUGUUUUGUCAUCCCCUGAUUUUGGCACGCCAGUGCAGGAUGAAUGUGUUAACUGCAAUCCCAUCAUCCUCUCUAAUGACAGACCGCAGACAAAUCCAUUGAUUUAACUGAUUAAUACUGGAUUUUGAUUGGCUUGAAAUGAACUAACCACCUGCAUGCAGAAUAUUUAGGUGUGGUUAAACUGAAAUAUUCUUACUGUCCUCUCCACAGCGCUGCCAAUGAAAAUGUCUCAGCUAGGAAAAUACAUGUAACAUCUUCAGCAAGAUUACUAUGUUGACAUCAUGUAUUUCCUGAUGAGGAUGAAAUGGACUGAGAGACUGAUCUGAAAAAAAGAAAAAGAAAAAAAAAACUGCUUAUGGCAUGAAUCAUAUUUGAGUGCCAAAAACAGCAUUUGUUCUUUAUUUUAUUUUUGUACAUAAUGUUCUUCAGCUGACUGUUCUGUUAAUUUAUGUUGUUUGUUGGUAAUGUUUUUCUCUCUCUCUUUUUAAAUCAAAACAUGGAAAGAAAAAAAAAAAAAAACCCUCCCAAAACUUGCCCAAUGCAGAGGCAAAUAACUGGUGACUUAAUUAAUGCACCAUUAAAACACUACAGAUAUCACUGUACAAAAUGUAAAAAAAAAUACAAUAUGCUGUAAUUAUAUAUUUUUAAUCAGUGCUGAGACAUUUUCAAGUUAAAAAAAAAACAUUAAAACAAUAUGCAUUUACUUUAUUUAUUUUUUUAAUUUAAAUAUUGCAAAAUAUAUUAAGAAAUGCACUAACCAUAAGUUCAGAAAAUUUAGAGAAAGAAAAAGCAGGAAAUAAAAAAACUACUUGGUAAAAAAUACAUUUAAUUCAGGGUUAAACUCAAGAUAUUCUCUAAAAAAAAGUUUUAUUUAGGAAACAAGUUACAUUCUAUUAAUUAUAUUUUAAUAAUUUACACAUUUUGGUUUGCGAGUAAAUUUGUCCUGCUUAAAUAUUUUUUGAGAGUAAAACAAGACAAAAAUACUGAUUAAUAAUAUUAUUUUUUACAAUCUAGUAUUUGUUGAAUGAUACACAUCAAAAUGGUUUAAAAGAAGUGACAAGUGUUUACAACUGCAAUAUUAUUUCGGAGUCACUUAAACUUUGCCACUGUGUCAGUGCAGAGGGCAGGUAUUUGAGAGGACAGUCAUAAACCAUAUUACGACAGUUUCUCUAAAGAUCAGAAACCCAUUUCAUGAAACCUUGAGAAUAUGCUUGAUUGACAGAAAGCUUUUAAGAAAUUCCUUGUGCAACUGUGUGUGUGUGUGUCUGUGUGUGUUGGAACGGCUGAGGCUGCUCAGCUAUUGGCUGUUUCUGGUACAUUCAGAGUAAGUCACAGUCUCUGUGGUUACAGAGAAGCAGAGCUUCAGCCAAGACAGAAUCGCUGAGCACGUACCCUGUCCUCUCUCUGCUCGUAUCAAAACAAGGGAGCUACAACUGAGCCUGAAGAGGUGGAUAGACUGGAAGAGAUUGCAGGUUGCUCUCAUCCUGAGAAUCCAGAGCAUACAGAGCUGAAGUCCCUGUCUGAGCCUGUAACCAUGGAGACAAGUGAAAACUCCGGCACAGCAAACAUAAUUGACUGUGAAAUGGAAGUCCUGGAGACUGAGUUACCUGAUAGCAAGGACACAGGAAACAAAGAUGAACAAGUCUGUUAUGACGCUGACGUUUUAGAGUCCAUUAGUACAAAAGUUGUGGCUGACAUUUUAGCAGGCUUACCUCCUACAGAGACCAAGGCUGAUGAUCUGGAAGAAGUUUGCAGUCCGAAAGAGGCGCUUGUCUUGGAGGACACUCAAGAAGAACUUUAUCGUAAUGAGUCAAUUACUUCUUCAAUGUCCGACACUCCGUCAAGUGCAGAGAGCGUGUAUGAGAAUGAAGCCAUGCAUAAGAGGCAGGACUCACUAAGACAGGAACCAUUGGAGAACAUUGCACUCCAACCAGAUAAUGUUGACGAUGGAGAUAUGUUAGACCCAUUGGGUAUAGACUCACAAGAAGCCAUCUUAGAAAGUUUUGGAUGUGAGGAUACAGAAGAAACCAUCCUUGCGCACUACAUCCGAGAGGAAGUUCUGUCAGAUGUCUCUACAGAGUCUUGCCGUGACCCAGACGAAUUAGAAGAGUGUCUUCAGGUCGAAAUUGCUGCAGCAUCAUCAGACAGUGAAACCGAUGAGAAAUGGAGGAGCAUCUUCUCUUCCUCAAUAAAUAAGGAAGAUGAUGAUGCCUACAUUGACAGCCUUGAGCUGAGCGCACAAGAACUCUUUAUUCAAAAACCUGCAGUACAGAAUACUGAGGACGUUUUAAAGGAAUCUGAAGAGCCAGAGGUUCCGGUGGGAGAAGAAGUGCUAGAACAACCGGAGAAUGAGACAGUUCAGCAACCGCAAGAGAUCUCUUACAGUCCUUCCACACUGUUUCACGGCUUGUCCAAGAUUUCCGAAGACGAUGAGGAGCUUGGACGAGGCUCAGCAACCCACAAGAGCAAUUCAUUUGAUUCUGUCAAAUCCGAUUCCAGCAAAAAGGUGCCGAAAGAUUAUUGUGUGAUUCAGGAAAUGAAAAGCGAGAACGUCAGCACAGAACAUGUGGAUUUCAAAGUUGCUCGCCAACAGUGGCUAGAGAUCGAAGAGCAAACGAAAAACUUGACGCACCAUCCAAGCACACCAACAACUCGAUCUGGCACCUGCCAAGGUAGUCACAGUUUCAUGUAUACGCCAGUCCGCAACAUCGAAAGGCCCAAGAGGGACCUCGAGAGCUUGUCGCUUGUAGAGGAUUAUGCACACACCCAGUUCAGUCCUUGCUCUGAGGAUUCAGGUCUGGACGACUCUAGUUACAGAUCACCGUUUGAUGACCCAGAGACCCCAAUUGAGAAGGAGAUUCGCCUAACCAUGGAGCGUGAGCAGAACCUGAGGAGUGAGAGGGGAAUGUCAAAAUCAUACUCCAGUGACUGUGUACAGAUGAGGGUGAGAACUGCCAACUUGAACACUGGAAAACUAUGCCAAGAAGUCGAUGAGAAAAGGAAGAUGUUUGAAGACCAGGAUGAUGACGAAAGUUUAUCCAAGUCUCUCAGCAACAAGAUGCCUUCUUUCAUCAUUACCUCCUCACCAACCAAGAAACAAGACUUGAGCGCCAACAAUGUUAUCAUUCUUGAGCCAGAACCUUUCCCUCCAAGUCCACGGCAUGGAAAGAUGGUGUCCUCCAAAUCUGCUGACUGGAGACCUGAAGACACCCCUAAUGUCAUCAUUUUGGAGACAUCAAACCUCAUCAUUCGAAGUGCAUCUGAGUUCAACUUGAAUUCUGUCUCUGAGGAAACCCAGGAGAAGAUGUUCCUCAACAACCCGUUUUUCAAGCUGCGGUCCAGGAGUACGCUAUCUCUAGUUGAUGAGGAGAUUAAGAUGGUGAAGCAGCGAGAAGAGGAACUCAAGCGUCAAAGGGCCACUCUUUACUCUAAGGAUCACUUCCUGAUGUCUCCGAACCGUUUGGACAGCUCAUCGUUUACAGAUGAUGUGCCAAUUAAAUGUAAAUCAUCCCCUUCAUCUCCAAUGAAAACAUGCAGAAUGGAUGAUUCAGCUUUGUCGUGUGAUCUUCAAUUUCCUGAACCCUAUACUGGAGGCCGACGUAAAAGUGCCAUGGCGCUGCGCUGGGAGGCAGGGGAGUUUGCGAACAAUGAGUAAAAAUGGACACUGAUCACUUUGCACCUGUUUUACGUAAGAGAAUUUUCAAUGCUCACACUCGUCUGUUUAUUGUGACAGCAUAUACACUUGCUACUGCUGCUUGUGUGACUUUGUUAUUGAUCCAGAAAAAAAAAUCUGCAUAUGCCGAGAUGCCUAAAUGUUAUUUGAAUGUACCGUUUCAUGCAUAUUUGUGAUUCCUCUUUGACGAGGUAUCUGGAAACUUAUAAACCAUAUUUUUAGUGUUUUGUCUACGAAGUUGAGGAGAAUAUGUACUGUAUAUUCAUAUUGUAUUUUCUUGUAAGGCAAUGUUUGUAUAUCUCUAAAUUAUAUGAAAAUAUGAAGCAGUAUUACAGGGUUUUAUGAUAAAAAUGAAGUGAAAAUUUAUACAAAAUUGAUGCAUUUUGUUAAAUAUCACUGAAAACAGAUCGAUUUAAUAUCUUUUGACAAAGGAAUAUUUUUUUUUUAAAGUACUGAUCUGAAUUUGAUUGCUAUGAUUGCUCUAAUAAUAUAGGACUACAUUUCAGUACUUCAGUUAAACUCAAUAUGAAAAUCUAUAAAAAUAUAUUUAGUAAUUAUAUUAAUCUUAGAAAAUAAUCUAUUUAAAAAUGACCUGUUUGUUGUCCCUUUGUUGUCCGCAGAUUAUGUGCAUAUUUAUGUCGAAUUGCCAUGCUUAUAAAACAAUAUUGCUUGCUAGACUUUGAAUCCAUGUCAGUCUCAAGAAAAUAAUUGCUUUGCACACCGUUUGAAUAAUCGUGUUCAAAAUACGAAAUAAAAAAAAUAAAUGUCA